AUGCGUGCACAGAUCUUGGCGUUAACAACACAACUCACCGAGCUACAGGCAGCCCCUCCUGCAGCAGCACCCUCGGUAGAGAAAAAGUUUAACAAGAAAGUCAAAAUCGUCGCUGACCCCGGCGCUUUCAAAGGAGAUCGGGCUCGAUUUUCUGAAUGGUGGAUUAAGCUCCAGAUUUGGAUAAAGGCAAACUGGGAUGCAUUCGCCAAUGACUUUGAGGUAGCAACAGCAGUACUAUCUCGACUAAAAGGACCUGUGGCGGGUCAAUAUGCCCAAGUUAGAUUACAGGAGUGCUACACUGUGGGUGUGUGGCCUGCCUGGGACGAUCUCAAAGUAGAGAUCAAAAAAUAUUUUAAACCACAGGCUGAGCAUGACUGGGCUCGCCAACAAAUCUGUUCCUUCAAACAAGGAAAUAUGAGGAUAGACAAUUACAUAACCCGGUUCCUGGCCCUCUCCAUCCAAGGGGGUUUAGGUAAUGAACAUGUAAUAGAGUUACUGGAACGCAAUGUGAACCCCCACAUUGCAGAACAACUCUACCUGCAAGAUAUGAGGCAGGACAAACUCUCAGAUGCAGCAGAAGAGAUUCGAAAAAUAGGUAGGGCCAUAGAGCUCUACAAAAUGCAUCAAGGUGGUGGGACCACCACCAAAAACAACUAUUCCCAGAGGAGCCCUGGGUCAUCAAACCAAAAUAAAAACCACUCUCACGGGUUCCAACCAUUCGGGUUGCAACCAGGGCAGGGUGCUUUUAUAGAUAUUGGCGUGGUCCAGGGCGGACAGAGGUGCGGAUUCAACUGCUACAACUGUGGGCAGGAGGGGCACAUAGCCAGAAAGUGUCCAAACAGAGUACAGGCCGCUCACCAAAAAAAUAACCAAGGGCACCAGGCGCGCCAAUUAGAAACCGAGAAACCGGAAGAUCGGCUCAGUACUCCGGCCAGUUGUUCUUACGACAAAAUCCGGGCGUUCUUUUACAACCAGCAGAUUGCUGAAAUGAAGGCCCAGGGAAAAUAA